AUGAUCGAUUCUUAUUUUUUCUGCGUGGAAAAAGAAGUAAAAGUUGUCCGUUUUUUGCACAUUGGACACAAGAAUCAUGGUAUCUCGGAAAACAGCAGCUUUGUCCAUGAACAUAUGAAAGGUAAUAGUUCUGUAAAUGACACUAGUAUUUGUACACCCGAGAAAACUAGUACCACUGUUAGUGCAAGUACUGCUUCCACUAAUCGUAUGGGCAUUCCCAGUGCAAGUACAGCCUUUGGCAACCGUACGGACCUUCCCAGUGCAAGCACUGUCUUUGGUAACCGUAUGGGCUUUACUGGUGCAAAUACAGUCUUUGGUAACCGUAUAGGCUUUAACAGUGCAGUUACUAACUUUGGUAAUUGUACAAGCCUUACCAGCGCAAGUACAGUUUUUGGUAAUCGCAUGGGAAUUACAAGUGGAUGUACUUUCACAAAUCUUAUUCCCACAACCAGUGAUUGUACUUCUUUCACUAGUCCUGCUUCUAUGACUAAUCGUACCAACAUGACCAAUGCCAGUGCUUCUCUGACUAAUCACACUCCUGCAACCACUACCAGCACUUCUUUGAUUAAUCUUACCAGCACAACCAUUACCAACACUUCUAUGACUCAUUGCACAUCUGCAACCACUACUAGUUCUUAUUUGACAAAUCGCACACCUGCGAUCAAUACCAGUGCAACUUUAACUAAUUGCACCACAGCACUUAAUACCAGUGCUUCUUUGACUAAUCGUACACCUACAAGUAUUACUAGUGCUUCUCUGACUAAUCGCACUCCUGUAAUUACUACCAGUGUUUAUUUCCCUAAUUGCACUCCUGCCUUCACUACAAGUGCUUCUCUGACAAAUCGUACAAACAAGAUGACUACCAGUGCUUCUCUGACUAAUUGCACUCUUGCAAACUUUGCCAGUGCUUCCUUAAGUAAUCUCACUCCCGCAACCACUACCAAUAAUUUGCUGACUAAUUUUGCUCCUGGAAACACUGUCAGUGCUUCCCUGACUAAUCAUACACCUGCAACCACUUCCAGUGCUUCCUUGAGUAAUCUCACUGCUGCAACCCCAGCCAGUGCUUCCCUGACUCAUUAUAUAUCUGUAACCUCUGCCAGUGUUUCUCCGAGUAAUCGCACUGCUGCAACCCCUGCCAGUGCUUCCCUGACUUAUCUCAGCACUGCAACUACUUUCAGUGCUUCUCUGACUCAUUGUAAACCUGCAACCACUGCCAGUGCGUCCUUGAGUAAUCGCACGCCUUACACCACUGCCAGAGCUAUCCUAAGUAAUUACACCACUGCAACCACUGUCAGUUCAACCCUGACUAAUCGCAUUCCAGCAACCACUACCAGUGGUACCCUGACUAAUCUCACUCCUGCAAACACUGUCAGUGCUACCCUGACAAAUCUCACUCCUGCAAACACUGUCAGUGCUACCCUGACAAAUCUCACCCCUGCAACCACUACCAGUGCUACCCUGACAAAUCUCACCCCUGCAACCACUACCGGUGCUACCCUGACAAAUCUCACCCCUGCAACCACUGCCGGUGCUACCCUGACAAAUCUCACCCCUGCAACCACUGCCAGUGCUACCCUGACUAAUCGCACUCAUGCAACCACUGCCAGUGCUACCCUGACUAAUCGCACUCAUGCAACUACAGCCAGUGCUACCCUGACUGAUCGCACUCAUGCAACUACAGCCAGUGCUACCCUGACUAAUCGUACUCAGGCAACUACAGCCAGUGCUACCCUGACUAAUCGCACUCAGGCAACUACAGCCAGUGCUACCCUGACUAAUCGCACUCAGGCAACUACAGCCAGUGCUACCCUGACUAAUCGCACUCAGGCAACUACAGCCAGUGCUACCCUGACUAAUCGCACUCAGGCAACUACAGCCAGUACUACCCUGACUAAUCGUACUCAGGCAACUACAGCUAGUGCUACCCUGACUAAUCGCACUCAUGCAACCACUACCAGUGCUACACUGGGUAAUCACAUUCUUGCAACCUCUACCAGUGCUUCCCUGACUAAUCGUACUCCGGCAACUACAGCUAGUGCUUCCUUGAGUAAUCUCACUCCUGCAACCACUACCAGCGCUACCCAGACUAAUAGCACUCCUGCAAACACUGACAGUGCUUCCCUGACUAAUCGUACACUAUCAACUACAGCUAGUGCUAACCUGACUAAUCGCAUUCUAGCAACUACUGCCAGUGCUACCCUGACUAAUAACACUUCUGUAACCACUGCCAGUGCUACCCUGUCUAAUAACACGUCCGUAACCACUGCCAGUGCUACCCUGACUAAUAACACUUCCGUAACCACUGCCAGUGCUACCCUGACUAAUAACACUUCCGUAACCACUGCCAGUGCUACCCUGACUAAUAACACUUCCGUAACCACUGCCAGUGCUACCCUGACUAAUAACACUUCCGUAACCACUACCAGUGCUACCCUGACUAAUAACACUUCCGUAACCACUACCAGUGCUACCCUGACUAAUCGCACUCCUGCAACCACUACCAGUUCCAACCUGAGUAAUUGCACACUUGCAACGACUGCAAGUGCUACCCUGACUAAUAACACUUCUGUAACUACUGCCAGGGCUCCCAUAACUAAUCGCAUUCUUGCAACUACUCCCAGUGCUACCCUGACUAAUAACACUUCUGUAAGCACUACCAGUGCUACCCUGACUAAUCGCACUCCUGCAACCACUACCACUUCCAACCUGAGUAAUUGCACUCUUGCAACCGCUGCCAGUGCUGCCCUGACUAAUAACACUCUUGCAACUACUGCCAGUGCUACCCUGACUAAUAACACUUCUGUAACUACUGCCAGUGCUCCCAUAACUAAUUGCAUUCUUGCAACCACUGCCAGUGCUACCCUGACUAAUAACACUUCUGUGACUACUGCCAGUGCUCCCAUAACUAAUCGCAUUCUUGCAACUACUGCCAGUGCUUCCCUGACUACUUGCACUAAUACAAUCACUGCCAGUGCUACCCUGACUAAUAACACUUCCGUAACCACUACCAGUGCUACCCUGACUAAUAACACUUCUGUAACUACUGCCAGUGCUCCCAUAACUAAUCGCAUUCUUGCAACCACUGCCAGUGCUACCCUGACUAAUAACACUUCCGUAACCACUACCAGUGCUACCCUGACUAAUAACACUUCCGUAACCACUACCAGUGCUACCCUGACUAAUCGCACUCCUAUAACCACUACCAGUUCCAACCUGAGUAAUUGCACUCUUGUAACCACUGCCAGUGCUGCCCUGAUUAAUAACACUUCUGUAACUUCAAUCAAUGCUUCCAUAACUAAUCGCACUCCUGCAACCACUGCAAGUCAUACCCUGACUAAUCACAUUCCUGCAACCUCUACCAGUGCUUCCCUGACUAAUCUUACUUCUGCAACCACUACCUGUGCUUCCUUGAGUAAUCUCACUCCUGUAACCACUGCCAGAGCUACCCUGACUAAUUGCACUCCUGCAACUAUUACCAAUGCUUCCCUUACUAAUCACAUUCCUUCAACUAAUACUAGUCCUUCCCUUACUAAUUGCAUUUCUGCAACCACUUCCAGCCCUCCCUUAAGUAAUCUCACUCUUGCAACCACUGCAAGUACUCUCCUGACUAUUUGUACUCCUGUGACUAUUGACAGUUCUUCCCUGACUAAUUGUACUUCAACAUCCUGUACCUCUGAUUCUUUCACUAAUCAAACUACCACAACCAUUGCUUCUCUGACCAAUCAUACUUCAACAGUCUGUACUAGUGAUUCUCUCAUUAAUCCUGCUGGAAGCACCUGUUAUGUAACUUCUCACUCCAAUUCUCUUGACAUUAUUAAAAGUAUUAGUCAUACUCCUGAUUUUGUGACUUCUACUGAGAAUAAUCCCAUUGCUACUAUUAGUAAUUCUGACAUAACUUCAACUAAUAGUGAUGCCUCUGAUCAAGACGUAAUUGUUCAUGAUGCUACCUGUGUAGCUGCUACUACUAGUAAUGAUGUUGAUAUGACUAUGGCUGCAAGUGUCAUUGGUAAUAAUACUCUUUGUAAAAAUACUUUUACUGAUAUUUCAAAUUUUGCUACUAAUAAUACUAGUACUCUUAGUAAUAAAACUACUACUACUUUCAAAACUUUUUCUACUAGUGGUCCUGAAGACAGUGUUACUUCAGUUAGUAUUCCUGAUGUUUCAACUAAGAAUAGUUCUGAUAAUACUAUCAACACUUGUAGUGAUUCACUAGUUACAACCAAUAGUACUACUACUGCUCCUGAUGUUACUUUUACCACUAGUAGUGACACUACUAAGUCUUCUAGCUUCACAAGCCUCCCGAGCGACUCACCCCCCUAUCCAUCAAGCAUACGCUAUUUCACUGCUAUUUCUCUAAAGCCAUGUUCCUCCAAUGUUGUCAAUACAAGAACAGAAACACGAUUUUCACUCAGAACAAGAAAGGUUGCAGCAUCUGUACCCAAGACAAAAGAGGUCCAACCACGUCCCAUGGCUGCUGUUGUAGAUUCUGUACCCAAGACAAAAGAGGUCUAUCCACAUCUACGGGCUGCUGGCCCAAAAUGUGUUCGCUGUAAUAGAUCUUUUAAACAACAGGGUCAUCUGAACCGACACCUGAACACUUGCAAAGCCUUUAGCAAGACUGUUUGCAAGUAUUGUAAGCAGACCUAUGAUGACCAAUUCACGCUUAAUAAGCACAUUCAAGAAAUGCAUCAAGGUGUCCGAGCAUACCUAUGCACCAUCUGCAAAAAGAACUUCAAGCGUUCUCACCAUCUAAAUCGUCAUCUACGUAUUUGCAAAGGGGACACUAAUGUUGCUUGCAAGUUUUGCUUGCAAGCUUGUGAAAAUCAGGCAGAGCUCUCCACCCACAUUGAAAAAAAACAUCAUGACAAACAGGCCUACCAGUGCCCUUUUUGCAAGAAAAAUUUUCUUCGAUCUCAACAUCGGAAUAGACACAAGAAAAUUUGCAAAGGGAAUUCAGAGGUCGUUUGCAAGUUUUGCAAGCAAACUUUUGAGAAUAUCUUUGUUCUUAAAAAACAUAUAUCGAAACGCCACCAAGAUAUUCGUUCUUACUUGUGUCCCAUCUGCAAGAAAACUUUUAAGAGAUCCCACCACCGUAAUCGACACAUGCACAUUCAUACCCGCGAUGCUAAGUCUGCAUCUUCAACAAAUGCAUCGGCUGGGAGAGACAAAAACGCUUUGAGAAAAAGAAAGCUCCCAUAUCCCUCACCUCGAACGGAAGAUUCUAGCAGUGCAAUAGAAAAAACAGAAAGAGAUUUAAAGAAAAAGCCAAAGCCAGUUGCAAAGGUAGCAGGAAACAAAGUUUGCAGGUUUUGCAAAAAGACCUACACCAAAUGGGCACUUGAUGAGCACAUCAAGAAACAGCACCUUCCUUACCAAUGCACAUUUUGUGGCAAAUGUUUCAAGGUGUCAACGCAGCUGAUACAACACCAACAGAGUCACAAUCAGCAGAAUAAGACUUCAACAAACAAUGAAAAUAUGCCAAUGUUGGAGCGAAGAACUUCAUCUCGGAAAAGGAAGCCUAAAUUUGACAUAAAAGUUAUUACAAAAAUGCGCAAUACCGCCAAGAACGAAACGGAAACCACAAAAACUUCAGAAAGUAGCAAAAAGACCAACACCAAGAAGUUAUCACUUGAUGAACAAAUCAAGAAACAGAGCCUUCCUUACCAAUGCACCUUUUGUGACAAAAGUUUCAAGUUACUGACACAGCUGACGAAACACAAACAUCGCAUUCACCCUCAGCAGAAGAAGAUUUCAACAAACAUUGAAAAUACACCAUUGUCAGAGCGAAGAACUUCAUCUCGGAAAAGGAAGCCCAAAUUUGACACGACAGUUAUUACAAAUAUGGGCAGUGCCACCAAGAAUGAAGUAGUGACCAAACCAGAUAAGACCACAAAAGGUUGCAGGUUUUGUGACAAAAGUUAUGCCAAAAAGUCGGUCCUUGAUGAACACGUCAAGAAACACCACAUUUCUUAUCAAUGCACCUUUUGCAACAAAAAUUUCAAGUCAUCAAUGCAGCUGAUACAACACCAACGAGUUCAUACUCAGCAAAACAAGACAUUGACUUUAUUUCUGAAAAAGGAGCCUAAAAUUGAUGUGACAUUUAUUACAGACAUGGACAGUGUCACCAAGAAUGGAGUUGAGACCAAACCAGAUCUGACCACAAAAGAUUUAGAAACAAUGGACAAUGGUUCGUUCGUAUUUGUGGAUGGACUUAAAUUCCUGGGACAAGCGAUCAGCCGGGAAACAGAAACAAAAGAAAAUCCGUUGUCUUCAGCUCUUUCACAACAAGAAAAUCUGAAAGAUUUCUUCUUUUAUUUAAGAUCACAGUUCAAUUCCGACGAAGAAGAUGGCACUUGGCCAGUUGUCAUUAUUGAUAACUUGGGCAUUCUCCUUAGUCUCGGGGUUCCUCUGACACAGCUCACAGCAUUUUACCAGUCUUUACGAUCACAUGUCUGUGUGGAGAGAACAGGAUCUUUGGUUGUUUACCUUAAUGUUGCUGAAGAAGAUGAACAAGAACAAUUGCUUCUGAAGCAUCUGUGCCAUAUGAGUGAUUGCCAUUUGCAAGUACGCGGUUUAUCCACUGGUUAUUGUAAGGAUAUUCAUGGAGAGCUCACAGCAACAUGGCAUGAGUUAUCGCCCUUGUCAAAGCAUCAGUCCAAAACUACACAAUUCAAAUUACUAGACAAAAAUGUGUCAUUGUUUGCUGCUGGAAUGUCACAAGCUGUCUUAUGA